UUUCUAGACAACACGCAUGCACCUUCUGCCGCUCAAAUUCGCUGCACAACUUUCAAAAUGACAGUGCUUCCGUCGUGGCGACAUGCGCCAUGGCUCGUCCUCUCGAUACUGUCUUUAAUCUCCUUUGCUUCUGCCCACAUGAUUGAAGUUACAGCUUCCAGAAAAGAGUGCUUCUUUGAGGACCUACACGAACAUGACCAAAUGACUGUUACAUACCAGGUUGGGGAGGGUGGACACCUCGACAUUGACUUCUGGCUAACGGAUCCAGAAAACAAUGUUCUCACUAAACAUAUUCGUGAAAGCACCGGCACGACAUCCAUAACAGCUGAAAAGGAUGGCCGAUACGAGUACUGCUUCUCUAACCAGAUGAGCACGGUGGCGGACAAGAUGGUUAGCUUCAACGUUCACGGUAUCAUAUACGUGUCAGAAGAAGAUAUCACUGCUCCCGUUGAGCGCGAGAUCCGCUCCCUAGCCAUAGGUCUCACAUCUGUCAAGGACGAACAAGAAUAUAUUGUCGUCCGCGAGCGUAGGCAUCGGGACACAGCAGAAAGCACUUGCGACCGUGUGAAGUGGUGGUCUGUGCUCCAAGCGCUUGUAUUGUUUGCGGUAGUCGCGUGGCAGGUGUAUUACCUUAAGAGCUUCUUUGAAGUAAAGCGCGUUAUAUAGUGCAUGGACUAUAAAAUAUCAUACGUUCGCCUCUACUACUUCAGGUUGUGUCUCACAAUCAUGACAUUCAUAUCAAAGAGAAGGAUGGCAUGUAACUAAUCGUUCAGUGUCCAGCGGUCUUCAUCGCCGUCAGAAAGAUACAAGGGGUGAUAGCUAGCGGACAACACAUUCUGUGACUUUCAAGUUGAGUAAAUUAGCC